AUGGAAGCAAUUAGUGCAAUGCAAAAACCUUGGUUAGCCAUUGGUGACUUCAAUGCAAUCAUUUCAUUGGAAGAAAAACAAGGAGGUAGAAGACCUAGCAGAAGAGCAAUGAUGGAUUUUUUUAAUUGUUUGGAUAAGUGUGAACUGCUACAAGCUCCCAAGUCUGGAUUGCAAUUCUCUUGGUCUAAUUGUCAGCAAGGAGGUUGUGUUAACAUUCCAAAACCACUUAAUGUGCCAAAAAAGUUUCAGAAAGUUUGGUUAUCUCAUCCUCAUUUUAUGGAAGUUGUUCAAAGUUGCUGGUCUGAAGUUGUUACAGGAGAUCCAGCUUUUGUGUUUCAAAGUAAGAUGAAAAAGUUGAAGAAAGUUCUAAAUGAUCGGAACUGGAGUAUUUUUGGUAAUAUUAAUGUUCAAAUAAAAGAAGCUGAAGUUCAAGUCAAAGAUGCAAUGAUUAUGUCAGAUGCUAAUCCAUUUGACAUUGAUAUUCUUGACACUCUUGUUGAUGCUCAAAAUAAGUACAACUCUAAAGAAGUUCAAUUAAAUACCCUGUUGAAACAAAAAGCAAGAAUAAGAUGGGUUAAAGAGGGAGCAUCUAAUACCAUUUUUUUACACACAAGUUUGAAGAUAAGGCAAGGAAGAAAUUUUAUUAGUGAGAUUGAGGAUGGAAAUGGCAAUAUUUUAUCAGAUCAAGGAAAGAUAGCUGAAGUUUUGGUUAAGAAUUAUGAGGAAAAAUUUGCAUUUCAUCCAUUUUCAAUAGAAGAUUCUUUACUUAAUGCAAUUCCAGAAGUUAUCACUCAAGAAGAUCAAGACAUGCUUGAUAAACUUCCAGUUGAAGAGGAAAUUAGAAUUACAAUUUUUAAUAUGGAUCCUGAUAGUUCUCCAGGCCCAGAUGGAUUUUCAGGAUGCUUUUAUAGAGCUUGUUGGCACAUAAUUGGUGAAGAUGUAGUGCAUACCAUUCAAUUUUGCUGGAAUAGGAAAUUCAUUCCUAAAGGUUUGAACUCUAAUUUCUUGUUUUUAUUGCCUAAAACUGAAGGUGUUAGAUCUCUCAAUCAGUUCAGACCUAUAGGGCUAAGCAAUGUAAGCUACAAAAUCUUUACAAAAAUAAUUACAGCAAGAUUAAGUACUUUGUUGGUUAAGUUGAUUUCUCUUCAACAAGCUGCUUAUGUUAAGGGUAGAUGCAUACAAGAGCAAAUUUAUUGGAUUCAGAGUUAG